CGUGCUGGCCAGUGGACCGAUGGUUCGCUUGCGGUAUAUUUUCGGGUGUUGUCAAAGCGGACUGCUGAGGACUCCAAGUGGUUGUGGACUUUGAGAGAAAUUGUAGGAAGCGAAUAAAAAUUGCUACCUCUAGGAUUCUGCGAAGCAGAAUAGUGAUAACCUAGUGGAUGUCAGGUCGUGAGGGGCUCGUUUGGAAGUUAGGAAACACUUAAGCGCUCACCAUUAAUAUAAUCAAGAUGGAUGAUGCUGAUAUAAGCUGACACAUCUUGAAUGAACACGGAGCAUCGGAGAAGUGAUAAAGAAGCUUUGCGAGGACAGUUGGGUUGGGGCGGAUGUGCUUCGGAUGAACUCCAGAUAAGCGCGCACAGUGGUUCGGGUUUCAAGUUCGGGCUCGGUUUCGGACGGGAUGUGAAAGCACGUCACACCGCGACCUUUCGGGCUUGAGACGAACUUCGGAGGCCCCAGUACAGGUUGUGCUUUCGCGUGCUGAACAACGCGGUUGAUCUCGUCGCCGCCUGUCUCGGGACAGCAGAGCACGCGUCGCGCUUCAAACUUUGCUGCAAAAAAAAAAAAAAAAACGCAAAGACAGCGAGCAGACGAGAGAGGGUGAUUUGCGUGUGUGUGGCUGCAGUGCGGGGUUGUUGUAAACGGUGUGUCCUGAACACUACGACGCGGGACGAGAGCAGACGUGAGGCAAAGUGUUAAGACGAGGUUCGAAAGCAAUUAUGAUGGAUUAGAGGGGGAUAAAGAGUAAGAGAUAUAGAUAUAAAGUGGAAGAUGGAAACGGUGCUGCGUGAGUUCGACAGCGGAAUCUGUGUUCGAUUUUGGAGCCGUUUUUGAAAAUACAAAGAAAACCUUCUGCGGGAUGGAAGCCUUGUGAAGUCAGCUGAUAGUUGGGAUGAGAAGGAGCAAAGAAGCCAUCCGAAAGUGAUGCUGUGCCGAUUUAUGAGUGCAAGUGCAAGUUCAGUGUGACAGUGAAAAUUAUUCAAUACGAUAGAGAAAAAAACCCCACACAAAUGUGUAAGCAAAACACGUGCAAAUAAUUAUUGAGCAUCGAGCAUUGAUCCCCUCGCAGUGAUCCAAAAACGAGUGUUUGGAAAAGUGUUUGCGAUUAAGCGGCCGAACGAAAGUUAGCUCGAGUCGGGGAGCGGCAGAUCGCGCCGUGAAUCACUAAUCGUAAGCUCCCCCGAGAUCUGGUCUGAAGAUAGCUACCGUCGAGUCCACCCCUGCUCGCGACAGACGACAGCAUCCCCGACCCUAUUGUUCCUACCGGGUGGACAAACAAACGCAAGCAAGCGAAGGAAGAACCGGAAGAACACAACAAACUCCGAGAUUACAGGGAGACAACAAAAGGGUGGAACUUUGAGAAAAUAACAAUUAAGUGCGCAUCAUCGAACGUAGGGGCUUUUUUAUCCUUGCCUGGUCGAACCGUAUAGAUAAGGAAACAAGGGGAAAAAAUAAGGGAUUUCUCCUUCCGCAACUGCACUACACUCUACUAAACGAUCCUAGAUAAUAACACAACAAAUUUAAAGGUUUCAGUGAAAUGAGGUUAGAAGUUCAACGUCAAAGGAAAGAAAGUAAAGAAAGUAAACUUAAUGUUCGCCGUAGUUUCGCGUAGAUCUUUUACAAUUCGUGCGUAUGUUGGUGUGUGUUCCGUUUUGUGUUUACCGAUUGAAUGCUGCUAGGUUCUUUCGCUUUUACUUCUACUACUACCAUGGCAUCAUCUAGUACUUCCCCGGCGAAUCAGGUCGGCAAUCCCAACCGUUCGUCGUUUGGGUAGCGAGUAAGCGAGCCGUUUCGUAGGGCUUUCGGGCGGUUUCUGUUGUGCGGUGCGUCGAGAUAUACAGUUCCGCCGCGUAGUUUGGUUAUUUCGAAUGGCACCACUGCAAAGCCGGCGUCUGUAUCACCAUCCGGAGACGACGACGACGACGACGAACGGAGCUUUAAACGCUGCUACUGCAGCCGACACAACUGCCGCUAGCGUUCGCUGCAUCAACGGGCGAGAUCAGAAGGACCGUGAUCUGCAGCAGCAACUACAGCGGUAACCCUAGCAGCAAUGAAACUAAUGAACCCGCUGAGGGCUACCAUCCUAGCCCUCAUCAUGUCACUCGCCGAGUCGGCCGGAGAAGCUGAUUACACUCUGGACGACUCGUUUUGGAAUGAGGAGAGCCCCGUCGGUGAAGUUGAGCGGCUGCUCAAAGAGCACCAGCAGAACCAGGAGCUGGUGGACAAGAUCGGUAGCAACUUCUACCAGAUCAUCUACCCGGUGCAGCUGCGGCACCACGAGAAGAUGGGCAUCUCGACGCGAGAAGUCGGCGCACCCAAGUUUCCAGCUCGUGGCGGCUACGAGGGCAGCUACUCUGGAAGCGGAGGUGGCCGAGGCCGUUCGAGGACGGGGAAACACUUUCAUCGAACGUCACUUUUGAUAAAAGCUUUUAAUCAUAAAUUUCGGUUAGAUUUGGAGUUAAACACACAAUUACUAGCUCCUAAUAUUGUACAGAAGCACUAUCUACCAAGCGGGUUCGCGCAGGAUUCACAUCGAGAAAUUGAGCACUGCUACUACCACGGCACGGUGAAGGACUACCCGGGAGCUAGUGCGGCCUUCCACACCUGCAACGGCGUCAGCGGUGUGAUUCACGUUGGGAACGAAACGUUUGUUAUACACCCAUUCUACGGUGGCGAUCUAUCGAAACAUCCACAUGUUAUCUUCGAGGCACGUACAAAAUCAAACAAGGGCUGUGCUAAUUCCGGCAAUCUAGUGUAUCGGACGCGUUCGACACGUCGGCAGAGCCACCACUCGGGCCUGGUGGAAUCGCAGGACGGCAACGGGGCCGGACGCUACCGGCGGGAUGUGCGCGAGACCACCAAGUACAUCGAAACGGCGCUCAUCAUCGACAAGGCGAUGUUCCAGAAGCGCAAUGGCAGCACCCGGGCCGAGGUGGUGCACGACGCCAUCCAGGUGGCGAAUAUUGUCGAUCUGUACUUUCGCACGCUCAACACACGCGUGUCGGUUGUAUAUAUAGAGACGUGGCAGGGCCAGAAUCAGGCGCAGAUCGACGGCGGCAAGGAUAUUAGUAAAGCAAUAUCUAAUUUUAAUGAUUAUACAUCUAGGAAUUUAUAUAAAAUAGAUAAGGAUACGACGCAAUUGUUGACGGGUGAAACGUUUGCCGGCGGCGAAGCGGGCAUGUCCGUGCCGGAGACCGUUUGCACCCCGAAGGCCGUUGGCAUUAGUGUAGAUAUCAAUACGUACGAGCCGCAUCUGCUCGCCGGAACGAUGGCGCACAUGAUCGGACACAACAUCGGCAUGGGCCACGACGAUAACCGUGACGAGUGCAUUUGCCGCGACUGGCACGGCUGUAUAAUGUCCCAGUCAAUUGUCGGUUUGGAGAACGUCCAGCCGUAUAAAUUCUCCGAAUGCAGUCGAUUGGAUUAUAUCGAUGCACUGCGGAUCGGACACGGUCUCUGUUUAUUGAAUAAACCGAACGAGGUCGAACUCCGCAAAAAUUGCGGCAACGGAAUCGUGGAAGACGACGAGGAGUGCGACUGCGGCAGUGCCCUCGACUGCGACAAGACGGAUCCGUGCUGCGACGGAAUCACCUGCAAGCUGAAAAAGGAAUCCCAGUGCGCCACUGGACCAUGCUGUGAUAAAUGUAUUCUAAAGGCCCCGGGGGUGAUCUGUCGGGACGCGUACAACGAGUGCGAUCUGCCGGAGUACUGCAACGGGGAGUCCGGCCGCUGCCCGUCGGAUGUGCACAAAAAGAAUGGCAACCCGUGCGGGAUGAACGCGACCGGCUUCUCCACCGGUUACUGCUUCAACGGGGUUUGCCCCACGACGGCGGCCCAGUGCGAGCGGAUCUGGGGCUACAGCGGUACAGGCGCCGACCGUGUCUGCUACGAGCAGUUCAACUCGAAGGGUUCAAUCAACGGACACUGCGGGAAGGACAUGAACGGCAACUACAUCAAGUGCGAACCGGAGAACAUACAAUGUGGCUCCCUGCAAUGCAAAGACGGCGACCGGACGCCCGUGGAGGACUGCAGUGACCAUCUUUACUCUAGGGCAAUUAUUUCAAUUAAGGGCAUCGAGUACGAGUGCAAGUCUAUAACCGGCUCGGUGACGAACUCGGUCACGCCACCGUUCGGCCUGGUGCGUGACGGGACACCGUGCGGCGAUAAUCUGAUCUGCGUCAACCAGACCUGCGUCAGCAUUUUCCCGUACAUCGACCAGACCAAGUGUCCCAGCAAUCACAACAAUCUCGAGUGCUCCGGGAACGGGGAUUGCACCAACACAAACAAGUGCUUUUGCAAGUUCGGCUGGACCGGACCGGACUGCUCGAUACAAGCUCAUAUCACAACGACGUACGCGUCGCCAGUAACGUCCACCACCCCGGAAGUACUCUCCGGGGUAAUGGAAAAGAAAACUACUCGCUACGCAAACUACCACGGUUCGAACACAGUGUUUCUAGUCGGUGUGUUAAUGUCGGUUGUUGGGGGUGUUUUUGUUACGUUUGCUCUGAUGGCUUUGUGCUACAGGUCAGUUGUAGUGCAUAAUAACUUCUCCUUGUGCCUAAGAAAGAAAACAACUCGCCUUAAAUACGACCCGCCGUACGUGAAGAAACCGAUGGCCAAAUACGUGGGCGGGGCCGCCAACGCUAACCACCACUCCCAGGACGAUAUCUCGCUCGAGGGCUCCAACAAGAUGAUGUUCGGCAACCAGACGACCCAGUUUAGGGAUCACAAAUCGAUCCGCAGGAUGACUGGAACCUCGGGCAGCGAAGACGAUCCAACACAUUCCGGCGAAGACGAGACAGUAUCGUUCAUCGAUCUACCCCCAAACAAUAUCUCGAAAGUGCCAGAAAAGGGCAUACUUAAAAAACACGGAUUCGGUCUAGCGUUGGGCGAUAGCAAUAAAGAAAAAUGGCCCGACGAUACACAAUCCGAUAAUCUCGAAUUGAUAGCUCAGCAAGAAUCCACUAUUCCUCCAUCAGGUGGCCAGGUGGGCGCAGCGGCCGUUGGCCCCGUGUCGGACGUCGAGCGAACGAUGAAGAGCCUGAACGGUUAUCACGAGGAUAUCCUCGAGGCGCUGCGACGAUCGGCGGCGCAGGUUCCGCGUAGCAGCGCCAACACACCGUCGGGUAGCAUCAGCGAAGAGCUGCUCCGGAAGACCCUGUCCGAUUGCGUCGCCGGAAUGCAACUGGGACCUCCCAGCGUCUACCAGCAGCAGCAGCAGCAGGAGCGGGAGUACAAACGUAGCGGUAGUUCCCGCACCGGCUCCAAGGAGAACAUCUGCGAUCCCCAGCAGCACGUGCUGAGCGAUACGGGUGCCACCUCGGCACUGCUGCAGCACCACCGGCAGCAGCAGCACGUUCCGGAUGAAGAUGACACGCCCUCGGUCGGGCCGUUGCGUAUCCGAAACCUCGAGGAUCUCAUCCGCCAGCUGGAGCAUCACUCGUCACGCCACAUGAGCCCCAGCGGGUCGGAGGACAUUCGCAUGUCCGAGACUGAAGUCGAUCGCCACUAUAGAGUAGAUAGUUCAGCCGCUUGUAGUGAAUCAUCACAUGGCUCAAACCAACAACUAGCUCAAUCGCAAAAAACUGCCACGAUACUGCCGCCCUAUAGUAGUCGUUGUCGUCCACCGCGAUCGGACGACGAGUCCCGGUUUUCUUAUGGUGCAGCUGGCGGUCCCGGAAGUAGCGGUACCGGUCGCUACCGACAUUCGGUCAGUCGUCAUCCCGCACAUCAGUCCCACUCACCCCACUCGCCUCACACGUUCACCCAUCACACCCACCAUGGGCACGCGCAUGGCCACCCGUCACACGCGGGCCAUUCGUCCCAUCACUCGUCGCACACCCAUCUCCACCAGGACGAGGAGGGAAUCUACGAGAGUGCCGAUGCCCAUCCAGUGCACCAGCAUUCCCACGAUCGGAGCGCGCUGAACGAUCAGCGUGACACCAACGAUAGCGAAAGUGAUGACUUAUUUCAAGCUCAACAACAGUUAGCCCGAUGGGCGAGUGAGGACGUGGUUUCCGUGGUGGUAAUGGAGCAAGGAUCGGAUUCGUCCCACGCGCAAGGUCCAUCGUCAGCCAGUACCAUGCACGGCCAUAUUCAACAACAUCCAUCGCAUCAGCAUCAGCAGUCGCAUCACGACCCCAUUACCACCACCACCAGCAACGUCAAUGGAGUACCAGCAAUGGGCAGCUGUCACAAUAUCAACAGUUUGAGCCAUCAGCUGGUGAACAGCAGAGACUACUAUCCUUCGCCACCCUCCACCGAAACCGAGAGCAGUGGAAGCGUAAUCCAGCCGUCGAGACGUGGACCCAUUAUGCAAGGCCCCGUAGCAGACGGAAAUCAUAUAAUGGAGAGUACAGGUCGCUAUCCCGAAUAUAAGCACUGAUAGUAGCUGCACGGGAUUUAAUCUUUUCGCAAAUUGAAUCCCUACUGUUACAGCAACAGCAACAGCACAACGUAAGCAAACAAAAAUAAGCAUACAGUUACACAAUAGGCAGAAGGCCAAUGGCGCCUAUUUGUAUGAACUAUCCAUUCGAAUUUAUACUUCCGCAACAGAGCACGUGCAAGAUAGACAUUUAUAAUUAAAAAUAAACCUCAUUCCCGUACGAAGAAAAAAAUCACACAUACACUCUGACACACAGAGGUUAUGAAAUGAUAAAAUCAGGCGAACAACACGAACCAAGAACAUAAUAAGGAUAAUAAGGAAAAUACACGUUUCCAUAAAUAAUUCCAAGUGCGAGUGGAAAACUGUUACAUUGUAAGCGUGUGUGGAUGAAGGCAACAAAAAACAAGAAACAACCAUGGAGAACAAUAUGAAGAUAUAAGUAACAAAGUGUUCAUCAUCAUUAACACCUUUUAUCAGACUAUCCAAGCAACCUCUAAUAAACCAUAAAACACACACACCCACACAUGCUCAUCCUAACAAAGCCAUACACACAAGGCAAGAAAAACAGGUCGAGACAUACGAGUGUUAUACAAAACCAUAGGAUAUAAAAAAAAGAAACAAAGUUAAAUAAUAUCCCUUUCCUUAGGCACUAAUAAUAAUGAGCACGAAACAACAGCAGAAAGGAGUGUGUCUGUUUUUACCAGACCGUUUGUGAAUAUCAAGUAAAUUAUGAGCCAGACUCUCUAUCCCACACACACACACACACACUCAUAACGAUUGCUGGAAGCGCAAUGUCAGCACCCGUUUAUCAUUCACUAUCAUCGACGUUUAGAUACAUAAAAAAAGAAAAAUGAAGCAAACCAAACUCACCCACACUGGAUAGGAUAGCAUAAAUUGUCUAGAAGUUUCUACCUUUCACCAGCGCUCGCGUCUCCUGCGGGUGGGUGGGAAGUGAAGCAUAUUAAAACAGAUUUUUACUACACACGACACACACACAAACUCACAACUGAAAGCAAAAAAGAAAACAAUUCAACCAACAAAUAAAAACAAUUGUCUCGUGGUAGAGCAUGGAAAUGGGAAUGCUUGAGGUAAUUUAUAACGAUGCGAAUAAAAUUGGGAACCACUAAACGCGCCCCGCGUCAUUCCUGUCACAAGCCACAGCUUACACGCUAAAUGUCACCAACAGGCAGACCUGGGAGAAAUGUCUGUGGCCUAAAGCACGCGGUGAAAUAGAUCGAAUGAAAAUUCUGUAUCGAAGCGGGCGUGGAAAAAUCAAAACGCGGGGCAGCCGUCGCCUUCUUGUGUGUUUGUAUUUAUCAUUCCAUUGGCUUUUUCCAAGGUACAAUGUCAAACAGAUUUGAGAUGCAGUUGAAUAAAUGUACUUAUUUUCGUAUUAGCACCCCUGAAGGAAGCUCUAAAUUCUAAACACUUCAAUGAAAAUAAUUGGAAGUUCUUGAAAUGUCCUCAAAAUGCUCAAAAAACGAAGUCCUUGCCCUUACUCUACCAUUACUGAUAGAUUACUCAAUAUUUCCACUUAACUUCGUUAUUAUACAGUGUGUCCCAGAAAAAGUGUCACUGAAGUAAAAUGGAACGUAAAAAAAGGUUUCAUUUGGAAUUUUAUCAACUAAAUUAAACCCCUUUGUAUCUUCCAGUACGCAAUGAUUGGCAAAAUAAAGUGCCCACUUUUUUCAUUUUUUUGACGUAAGACUACGUCUUUCAUUCCUAUACUGAGGUGUAUGUUCAAAGCUUCGAAAAUGAGAACGAUACGCCGGAGCAACGAGAUUUUGAGCGUUAAUACCUGCCAGCCAAUUAGACGAAAUGGUAUGAUAAACACAUCAUAGUUCUAUGUGUUAUAUGCCUGUUACUAAUUGAUCCAAAAACUUAUUACAAUAGCUCAAAAAUUGCUUCGAAAGCAAGCUAUUGAAAACAUAACAAUCUAACUCAUUGACGAUGUUUGCUUUGUGGUGAAAGCAAUGUGAACACGGACGUAAAAUCAAAGCGCCUGGGGGAAAUCAUCAUAUGGUAUUCUGAAUCUAAGAUCUGAAUCUGGAAUGUUAGUAUGGAGUCCGAAUCUGGAAUCUCACUCUCGAAUCUGACUGUGGUUUCUGAAUCUGGAGUCUGAGUCUGAAAUCAGGAUCUAGGAUCUGAAUCUGGAAUCUGAAUCUAGGAUCUGAAUAUGGAAUCUGGAAUCUAAUAUCUGAAUCUGGAGUCUGAGUCUGAAAUCUGGAUCUAGGAUCUGAAUCUGGAAUCUGAAUAUAAGACCAGAAAUCUGGAAUCUGAAUCUGGAAUCUUACUCUGGAAUUUGACUGUGGAUUCUGAAUCUGGAGUCUGAGUCUGAAAUCUGGAUCUAGGAUCUGAAUCUGAAAUCUGAAUCUGGAAUCUGAAUCUAAGAUCUGAAUCUGGAAUCUCAAUCUGGAAUCUUACUCUGGAAUUUGAAUCUGAAGUGUGAGUCUGGAAUCUGGAUCUAGGAUCUGAAUAUGGAAUCUGAAUCUAAUAUCUGAAUCUGGAAUCUGAAUCUAGAAUCUGGAUCUAGGAUCUAAAUCUGGAAUCUGAAUAUAAGACCUGAAUCUGGAAUCUGAAUCUGGAAUCUCACUCUGGAAUUUGACUGUGGAUUCUGAAUCUGGAGUCUGAGUUUGAAAUCUGGAUCUAGGAUCUGAAUCUGGAAUCUGAACCUAUGAUCUGAAUGUAAGAUCUGAAUCUGGAAUCUGAAUCUAUAACCUUGAGCUAGGAUCUGAAUCUGAAAUCUGAAUCUAAGGUCUGGAUCUGGAAUCUGAAUCUAAGAUCUGAAUCUGGAAUCUCAAUCUGGAAUCUUACUCUGGAAUUUGACUGUGGACUUUGAAUCUGGAGUCUGAGUCUGGAAUCUGGAUCUAGGAUCUGAAUAUGGAAUCUGAAUGUAAUAUCUGAAUCUGGAAUCUCAAUCUGGAAUCUUACUCUGGAAUUUGAAUCUGAAGUGUGAGUCUGGAAUCUGGAUCUAGGAUCUGAAUAUGGAAUCUGAAUCUAAUAUCUGAAUCUGGAAUCUGAAUCUAGAAUCUGGAUCUAGGAUCUAAAUCUAGAAUCUGAAUAUAAGACCUGAAUCUGGAAUCUGAAUCUGGAAUCUCACUCUGGAAUUUGACUGUGGAUUCUGAAUCUGGAGUCUGAGUUUGAAAUCUGGAUCUAGGAUCUGAAUCUGGAAUCUGAAUCUAUGAUCUGAAUGUAAGAUCUGAAUCUGGAAUCUGAAUCUAUAACCUUGAUCUAGGAUCUGAAUCUGAAAUCUGAAUCUAAGGUCUGGAUCUGGAAUCUGAAUCUAAGAUCUGAAUCUGGAAUCUCAAUCUGGAAUCUUACUCUGGAAUUUGACUGUGGACUUUGAAUCUGGAGUCUGAGUCUGGAAUCUGGAUCUAGGAUCUGAAUAUGGAAUCUGAAUGUAAUAUCUGAAUCUGGAAUCUGAAUCUAGAAUCUGGAUCUAGGAUCUAAAUCUAGAAUCUGAAUAUAAGACCUGAAUCUGGAGUCUGAGUCUGGAAUCUGGAUCUAGGAUCUAAAUCUGGAAUCUGAAUCUAAGAUCUGAAUCUGGAAUCUUAAUCUGGAAUCUGGAAUCUUACUCUGGAAUCUGACUGUGGAGUCUGAAUUUGAAGUCUGAGCCUGGAAUCUGAUUUUGAGUUUGGAAUCUGAAUUUGAAUCUGGAAUCUGAAUCUGAAUCUGAACCUGGAAUGCAACCUGAAUCUGGAAUCUGAUUUUGAAUAUGGAAUCUGAAUCUGGAGUGUGUAUUCUGAAUCUGGAAUCUAAAUUUGGAAUCUAAAUCUGGAAUCUUCAAUCUGAAAUCUAAAUCUUGAACCUGAAUCUAGAAUCUGAAUCUGAAAUCUGAAAUCUGAAUCUUCUGAAUCUUCUAAUCUGGAAUUCGAGUGUAAGCCACGCAACUGAAAUCAAUUCCCUCCUUAUUCUGUAUUUCGAUUUCGUUCGAAUUCCAUAAUCACUUGAAGAUUCUGGAAGAACUAGAAGUAGAGCUAGUCAAAGAAGGAUCCACCAACUUUUUCCGCAGAGAUGAUUAAGAAUCCAUUAUUUUGCGGUUAAUAGCAUUUCACGCCGCUAUAAAAUCUGAUAAGAAUCUUUUUCAUGAAUCACUUUGAAAGAAUCGAACUCGCGUCAAUUGAAUUUGUGGGCGAAUUAAAAGACGUAGUCGUAUGUAAACGCUGAGUUAUGAUCUGUGACAAAAACUACGGCGAUGAAUCUAAAUUUGGAAUUCAGGGAUGCGUAGAAAUUCAAGUCAGAACACAGAACACUUUUUGCUGCGAACGAAUUUUGAUCAUUUGCGCACCAAUCGGAAUUGUUCUAAGAUUCGUUCGAUAUGCCCAACAUCACCGUUUUAUAGUCCCUGGGUGGCCUCAGUUGACUAAAAGUGGGGGCAUUCCCAUUUCACAAGAUUUUCUGUGCUUCUUUAACCAAUCGUGAAAUGACGGAGAAUUCGUAAUACUAAUUCGCCUUUUCCGCCUAGAAUGAAAACAUGUUAGAACGGAAAAUUGAACAACCCCGUACAAGCUCACCUCCGAACUGUGUGCAACAAUGCUUGCACAAUUGCUCUCUGUGAUGUAUUGGAAUAAGAGCGGUGAGUUCAAUCGAAAAAUAUACCUAGUUUAUUCGUUAAAUUGCUUACUCAUUUUACUAUCUCUCUAUUUUUGUUUUAAGCUAAAAAAAAAAAGCUGGAUCGAAUCCCUUCACCCUUCCUUCACGUGCCUCAGUUUUAAUUUCGUCGAGUGGUCCCUCUAUAUAGAAAUCAAAGAGGUAGUCCUAUUCCAAAAUUCGCGACUUUGAAAGAGUGUAAUUUCAUAUGUGUCGCUGUAUGAAUAAUUCCAUAUUGAUACUCAUCCACUCACACACUAACGAGAAAAACUUUCAGUGUUCUUUCAAAAUAUUCUUUCAUUCAUUCAUUGAGAAUUACGAGACGAAUGACCUUCGGGCUAAGGUUCCUUAAAAACAAGAACAGAACAUCAUUGAGAAUUGAUUCAGAUGCAACUUCGGACAAAUGGUUACCAUUCGAACGUUAGUCUUACAUCUUUUUUGCGGUUAUAUCACAGAUAUAACCCACUGUUUUUAGGUUAAAAUGAAAAGUAAACACAUCGUAAUCGUUCUUAAAAUCUUAUUUAUUAUGUUCUUUUUGAAUUUCAUGUUGCACUGAGAAAAAUAAAAGUUUUUCUUAUAGAAAAAGCUAGAAGUAGGUUAUAUUUUUGAUAUAACCGCAAGGUAGACGUAGGGCUAACGUUGACUUAACAAGAAAUAAGUAACAAGCAUAUAAAUCCUAGACAUUUCAUCUUUUUAAUAAAGUGAUUCUCAUACCACUUCGUUUAGACUGAAAAAAAAUCGAUUCCUCCUCGGAAAUACCCAGCGCAAAUAGUACCCACUUCCCAAGCCCCGAAAAUUGGAAUCAUCGUUGAUCUGGGACAGGAUUAUUAACACAUGAGAAGGAACGGAUUUCUCCUCGGAAUUACACAGCAAAAAUAAGACCCCCUUCCCAACAAUUCCAACUUCCCAAUAACGACGAUCGAUUGCGGUAAACAAAUAAUUUCAUAACGCUGCUUUUAUAAAUGCGAUUUCUUCGAUAUGUAAUAUAAUAUCCACUUCGACAAUAUCCACUACACCAUACCAUAUCGUAUUCUUCACUAUCAAAUACAUAGUCAAUGGCACCCUUCGGUAUCGAAUUGUCAUGAAUACCUCGGUUUUCGCUAAAUACUCCGUUUGGUCCGUGUGAUUAUCAUACCACUUUGUUUGCCAGAAAGAAAUUAUUGAUGCUCAAAGGAGGAAUCGAGUCCUCCAAAAAAUACCCAGCGCAAAUUAGAAUCGACUAUCGAUUGCGGCAUCCGUACACAAAUAAUUUUAUAACGCUGCUUUCAUCAAAGUGAUUUCUUCGAUAUGAUGAAAUAUCCACUACCAUAUAUUUCGUGUUCGUCAUUAUCAAAUCCAUAGUCAAUGGUGCCCAUCGGUAUCGAAUUAUCAUCGACACCAUGAUUUUCGCUAAAUGCUUCUUUCCGUUCGGCCUUCAAAAACUUUUCUGAACUCUAAUUAAAAAUUUGGCGUCCCUGAAAAGGGCCGUUGACUAUAUGCUAAGGUACUAAGAUAAUAAUGACGAAAGCGGAAGCGCGACUGUUGAGGCACGCUCUCCUCGGAUACGACGGGCCAGCUGGAUGUCCUUGGGCAUGAUGUGAUGCGUUUUGCACACAAAUUGGUAUCUUCGAACAGGCCGACUAAAUAUGCCUCGCUUGCCUCCUGCAGUGCCGUAACGGCGGAAAACUUUGGAAGCGCAAGUCGGUUUUGAAGUCCUUGGCAAUUCCACGAACCAAACGCUGCAAAGGUAGCUUGCGAAUCAGCAAUUCGGUCGACCUCUGAUAGUGACGAAUUUCACGCAAAGCGACGGUUCUUGGUCGCUAGCGAUGUGGCUUCUUCACACUUUCUGCGGCUGGUGCGCUUUUCCGAGAUGCUUUCGUGGUGCAUUACCACCUGUAGAUUUACAAGCUGUGUGCUUGGUCCUAAUGAAGCGAGUCCUCACAGUACGAGAGUAGAGGUAGAAAUGAACGAAAGCAAAGGAAGCAUCAUGUUUCAUACUCAUCCGUUCGGUACAGAAUGAGAAAUGGAAGGGGAAAAGAAGAGCAUAAUGCAUAGGCGUCUGAAUGCGACCGUCCUCCUCUCGUAUCGCCGCAUCAACUGAAUCAAUUGCCAGGAAGGAAGGUAUUGAAUUAGAGAGACUUUAAACUCUGAGAGUUCAUUCGUCUCUAAAAUCAAUUGCCAGAGCGUAUGCGAGUUUAUAUACGGUUUCAAUAACCUGUUUUCAAAGCAAUUUUAAAGCUAUUGAAACAAGUCUUCGGGUCAAUAGUUAACAAUCAUAUGACUCGUGGACAUUUUGUCUUUCGAAUGAAAUGAUUAUCAUGCCACUCCGUUGAGUCGGAAAAGAGGUAUUAACGUUCAAAACCUUGCAGUCCAGCGUCACUCUCGUUUUCUAAACUUUGAACUUACACCGCGGUACAGAAAUGAAACACCUAGCCACACGUCAAAAAAUUAUUUGUAUUCUAGCAAAAACAGUGACAAAAAAUCUCCCAGGUCAGAAAAGCUUCAAAUAAGCUUUACUGAAGUCAAACAAGAACAUUUCAAUAAUUGAUAUGACCUCCUUUGGCCUUCAAGACCACCUGUUAACGCCAUUUUCUUAUGAUACCAUCAGACCCAAAAAGCAUUACUUUCGUCUCGUUUGACCUUAUUCCAGUCAUCACUGAUCCAUGAAAUGUGGUCCUAGGCCCACUUCAAUCUUUUUUUGAUAUUUUUGCAAACAACCAUGGCUUCUUAUGUGCUACUCUGCCCUUAAGACCAUUCCUGUGAACGUACGGAUUGUGAUGUCAGUUGAAUGGAAUACUCGGUUUCAAUCCGUUUCGUUAUUUUCGGUAACGUAAUAUGAAGCAGAAUUAUGCAAUCUACUUGUGUACAACUUACCAUAAUCCGGAAGCAUUUCAACUCCAUAACCGCUCGCAAAACUCUUCAACAAUACCACACAACAAAAUUAUCCCAUGAAUGCCACAAGUUGAAAUAAACACAAUAACAAUACACACCAAACACACACUCGAAUCAAAACAAAAAUAAAUCAUUGAACAGGGGCGCAUCCUGCGGGAUUUGCCGCAAGCGAACCGCAAACACGCGCCUACUACCUACUACACAUAAAAUGUAUAUAGCCGUGUAUAGUCGUUUAAACGAAACCCUUGCAUGCUGCAGGUCAUCUAUUAGGUAAUAAAUAAAUUCGGUCGAAUGAUUGAGAUACGGAACAGAGGAGUGCAAACCGCCCCGGCAUCGGAAGCCACCGGAAGCAGCGGGGAACGUGGUUAGUUAUGUUUUUCUCUGGUGCAAAUAUAAACGAAAAAUUAUUCUGUGACAGCAGUUGAGAAACACACCGAAUAAAAAAAGAUAUCACUUGAAAAUGAAUAAUUGUGGCUGUUGGUGUUUGCAGAAAGGCAGCCAAAUUAUGUGAAAUUAAUGGACAACGCAAACCGUUGGUUAAUUCGAGCCCGAAGUGCAAUAAUUGCACUACGGGUAAAUAGUAUUAUUAAGGUCAUAACCUUCAACCACACGCUCGCCAUAGCAAAUACUGAACACUCAAACACAAAUACAUUGCAUUACUCGUUCGCAGAUUUUCACACAUAACGAUGUCAUAGUUGAUAUAUAGGAGAUUUUGUACUGAAAACAAAGGGUGAAAGUAUCUGUCGUCAACGUAAACAGCACUGUGCAAAAAUCAAAAAUUAGAACACACCGUUUUUGAUUUCACUUUUGCGAAAAAAAAUGUGAGGAAUCUACUGAAUUGUAGUGUAGCGAAAGAAAAAAAACCGUAAAUAAUAUGUAAAAUAGAAAUAAAGUCAAUUUUUAUACGAAAACAAAUUUAACUAACGAAAACCAAGAAAAAAUUUGCAAAAAAAUAUGAAAAUGAUUCGGUAGACUUUUUCGGAACUUUUUUCUAAAUUGACAAGUAAGUAAACACUAGCAGACGCGGCUACACAAAAUAGUUGGGAAUCAUGUACCGUUGAAAAAAAAAAUGCAUGAUAUCGACUAUUUCCCUGCGGCGGAUACAACUAUUUUUGUGUUAUCUAAGAUCCGACUACAAGAAGUAAGUGAAGCAACCCCAACACACAAACACAAACGCAUAUACAACACCUAAAUACGACUGUCGUACUCUUUGUUACCAACAUUCUCGGAUUAGAAUCGAACCGAUUGUGUUCGAAAGUGGGGGGGAAGGUAUGAACCUAAAGUAAAACAUAGCUGAUGAAAGCAUCAACACAAGGUAAAAACCCUAAUGUUAAGUAAUUUGUAAGGGAAAUCGUAAACGUCAUUCUAAAAUAGUUGUAUAUAUUUACAAAUAGCGCAUAUUGAAACAUAACAACACACACACAUACACUCACACGUACACAAAGCAGUGAAACUGAAAGGAAAAAUUAGCAAAAAUACAAAACAGCAUUAAAGCAAAGUUGAUAAACGGAUUUUAGUGUAAGUUCAAGUAUUUGUAUAAAAAACCACGAACAAAAAGUAGCAAAUAAAAAUAAACCAAUGAGUAAUCUCACACGCGUACAGAGCGGAACGGAACGGGGUGAACAAAACAGUAGUCAAAUAUUGAGCGUUAUUGAUGAAGUGGGCCGGCACUGGUGUAAAUUUCAGUUCCCUCAUCAAAAUCGUGAGCGCGCAACUGCGUAUAGACCGGGGAUGAUAACGAAGCGGUCGCUUGGGAAAUGUUCCCCCUUUAGAGACCCCUUGCGUGCGCGAUGUAUGGCAGCGAAACGAAAACGAAUAUCUCGUCGUACGUUUGUAAAUAAUUACCGGAGAAAAAUAUUUCUAAAAAAAGAUAAACAAAAAAGAAACAUGUUUUUAAAGCAUAUGAAGCAUUAAAGCAUAGUAAAAUCCACACACAAACAAACACACACACACACACACAGAAGAUGUUCCGAGAUAAACAAAGAAGAAUAAACAGCAUGUAAAAAGGCGGUAAAAAAAAUAUUUAAUCGUUUUAUAUUGAGUCGAAGGGAAAAAAAUUCCAAAAAUGGUAUUUAUUUAAAAAAAAUUAGAAAAAAAUAGUUAAGAACAUCAAAUUAAUAGAUUUUAAUUAAUUGAAAGAAGAAGAAACAGAAACAAAAACAAGUGCAGUAUCGACCGAUACAACUAGCUAAACACACUAAAAGAAAGUGAAAAAACAGUAAAAGUAAAACGAAAUCACUAUGAAAAUCAAAAAAAGCGAGCAGCCAGCCGGAGUCAUUUCACUAUCGGUUUGUGAGAAGCAAACCAGUGGCGGUAAAAUGGACCUAUACUUUUCGUUCUCGGUUUUCGGUUAGUUCGAACCAGAUGAUAUUAAUAAUCACACUCAAAUGAAGCAGAAGAAAAAGACACUCACACACACACGCAGACUCAAACACACACACACACACACACACACACACA